GAUAUUGCAAUCGUUAUUGCUAUAAGCUUAGAUAUAAAAUCCAGAAGCGACAUUGGGAUGAUAAUAAAGAAUUCUCAUUUAGCUUGUUCAUUAAUUUCUAAUCAGAUUUAUGAUUGUGGUUUUUAA